AUGGCCAAAUUAGAAUGGUCCAGCCCUGUUCGUAAAGCUGGAGACAAAUUACUCCCUCUUAUACCAAACGAAAUAUACCUCGAGAUUCUCAUCUAUUUCCAGCCUGUUGCUUCAGAAUCAUGGUCGCUCGACACACUGGCCCCGGAAUCCUCGCGCCAUACCGACUCGCGCAACCUGGCUCUAGUUUGCCGAUUCUUCUCCUCCAUCAUGAUACCGUGGUUAUACGAGCAUCUCGUAUUCACGAAGGAUACACGCCGCGAGUAUUCCUAUCUUCCACUGUGUCGUAACAUCCUAGACGGCAACGAAACUGCUCUACUCCUCGCUGAACACGUCAAGAAAUGUUCCGUCAGGUCAUGGAAGUCGCACCAAGGGUCGGACGGAGACGACUGGGCCACAAAGGAGAUGGUUUCCAUGUAUUUCGAUGCAAUGAAGAACAUGAAAAGCCUGCGAGCCUUGACCCUCCUAGAUUGCGCCAUUACUCCCAGCAUGCUGAAGAAGUUGAAGGAUAUCCCCAACUUGACCGGCCUGACGAUUGACACCUGUGAGCUGGUGAACAACGUCCAAGAAAAACACUUACGCAACAUUCGGACCCUCAAGCUGAAGAGUUUCUCCUUCCACAAAUUGACGCCAAGUGACAUUGCAGGUGUCGAGCAAAUCUUUCCCUAUGUCGACCUCGAUUCCCUCCUUGAACUGGAAGCCACGAAUACACUCUUCUUCGAUGAAAUGCAGCUGCCAUCUCACCCAAUUCCCCUCGAGUCUCUAGACGUUGACAUGGUCACCAAUCCAACACAUGUUGAGACUCUCCUUUGCCACACCCCCUUCCUCAAAAAGCUUCGGCUAUGCAUCGCUAGCAGAUCCACCCGUAAUACAAAACUCAAACUACUUCCGGAUGCUCUUCCACUCCUAGAAGAAAUUUCGGCCCCGUUGGACGCUCUCCAGAUCAUACCAGGGAGGCCCAUAUCUUCUAUCACGAUCAACAACCCUCUCGGGCGCUACUACCCGACCAUGGGUGCUGCAGAGGUUGAACUCUUCAAGCAGUCGACGGGUGUCAUUUCGUAUCUCAAGAUAUCGCUUCAGUUUUAUCUCGCCCUUCCUCUGGCGGAUCACUUCCCCAAUGUACAGGUUCUCUUCGUACAGAUAUGGAACUACGACGGGCCUACGAAUAUUCCGUGGCCCGAAACGCCGGUCGAUGAUAUAUUGCGCUAUUUUAUAAAUUCGCGACCAUGUUUCCCCAACCUUCAUUCCCUGGAGCUCGAAAUAAACAGGGCCACUAUGUUUUAUGAGUUCUUCGACCUCAAAACUCAGUAUGCGUGGAUCACUGAAAUCCUGUUGCUCAAAUUCCCCUUGCUCCGUCGAGUUCAGUUUUCGGCCUACUUCUUCUGGACGUAUAGCCCCAACAAAAAUAAAUGGGUGCCCAGCAUACCUGAUGCUUCUGUGGUCGUUGUCGCCCUCCACGCCAUGCGAACGGGGUCUGAAUUCGUUGACUAUGACAGGUGCAUCGAGGCAGCCGUUCGCAAAUGCGAAGGCAUUCGUCUUUUCUAG